CCCCGUGACGCCGGGUGGCGACUGGCUCCCGGGUCUGAGGGGCUCCUGCUUGUCAGGUUCUAGCCCAGUUCUUUUGGCUAGACCUAUGGUCACUCCCGUGAGACUUCACUGCACACUUUCUCAAGUGUCUUCUUCAUCCUUAAUGUGUAAUUCCUCACCAUGGACCUGCUCCUUUAGCUAAGACAUGGCCAUCAAUGGUAGUAGUAAGAUAUGUGCUGACUAGCAGGCCCACUUGUGCGGUAUAGAGGACAAGCAGGACCUUACAAAAUGGGAUUUGGGAGUGACCUGAGGAACUCACAGGAAGCUGUGUUAAAGUUGCAAGACUGGGAAUUACGGUUGCUGGAAACAGUGAAGAAAUUUAUGGCUCUGAGAAUAAAAAGCGAUAAGGAAUAUGCGUAUACUUUACAGAAUCUUUGUAAUCAAGUUGAUAAAGAAAGUACCGUGCAGGUGAAUUAUGUCAGUAAUGUGUCCAAGUCUUGGCUACUGAUGAUUCAGCAGACGGAGCAGCUAAGUAGGAUAAUGAAGACCCACGCUGAGGACCUGAACUCUGGGCCCUUGCACCGGCUCACCAUGAUGAUCAAGGACAAGCAGCAGGUGAAGAAGAGCUACGUAGGCAUUCACCAGCAGAUAGAGGCGGAGAUGAUCAAGGUCACAAAGACAGAAUUGGAGAAAUUAAAAUCCAGCUAUCGACAAUUAAUAAAAGAAAUGAAUUCUGCCAAAGAGAAAUAUAAAGAAGCCUUAGCCAAAGGGAAGGAGACAGAAAAGGCCAAGGAGCGCUAUGACAAAGCCACGAUGAAGCUCCACAUGCUGCACAAUCAAUAUGUGCUGGCCCUGAAGGGCGCCCAGCUCCAUCAGAGUCAGUACUAUGACACCACACUUCCUCUGCUGCUGGACUCUGUGCAGAAGAUGCAAGAAGAAAUGAUAAAAGCACUAAAAGGUAUAUUUGAUGAAUAUAGCCAGAUAACCAGUCUUGUUACAGAGGAAAUAGUGAAUGUUCAUAAAGAGAUUCAGAUGUCCGUCGAACAGAUAGACCCUAGCACAGAAUAUAAUAAUUUUAUAGAUGUUCACAGAACAACAGCUGCUAAAGAACAAGAAAUCGAAUUUGAUACUUCCUUAUUAGAAGAAAAUGAAAACCUCCAGGCAAAUGAGAUUAUGUGGAAUAAUUUAACUGCAGACAGUUUGCAAGUGAUGUUGAAGACUUUAGCAGAAGAGCUCACGCAGACACAGCAGAUGCUUUUACACAAGGAGGAGGCUGUCCUGGAGCUGGAGAAGAGGAUUGAAGAAUCUUCUGAGACCUGUGAAAAGAAGUCUGACAUUGUGCUUCUUCUGGGGCAAAAACAGGCACUUGAAGAGUUGAAACAGUCAGUCCAGCAGUUGAGAUGCACUGAGGCAAAGUGUGCAGCACAGAAAGAAUUAUUGGAGCAAAAAGUACAAGAAAAUGAUGGGAAAGAACCGCCUCCUGUGGUGAAUUACGAAGAAGAUGCGCGAUCGGUCACAUCAAUGGAACGAAAGGAGAGGCUAUCCAAAUUUGAAUCUAUUCGUCAUUCAAUUGCUGGAAUAAUUAGGUCUCCAAAAUCGGUACUGGGCUCAUCAGCACUCUCUGACAUGAUCUCUAUGAGUGAGAAGCCCCUGGCGGAGCAUGACUGGUACCAUGGUGCAAUCCCUAGGAUAGAGGCCCAAGAGCUUCUGAGGCAGCAAGGAGACUUCCUGGUACGCGAGAGCCAUGGGAAACCUGGUGAAUAUGUCCUUUCCGUGUACUCAGAUGGCCAGAGGAGGCACUUCAUCAUCCAGUUUGUCGAUAAUCUGUAUCGAUUUGAGGGCACUGGGUUUUCAAAUAUCCCUCAGCUUAUAGAUCACCACUUCUCAACAAAACAAGUCAUCACCAAGAAGUCUGGGGUGGUUCUUCUCAAUCCUAUUCCUAAGGAUAAGAAAUGGAUUCUCAAUCAUGAAGAUGUUUCAUUGGGAGCACUACUGGGCAAGGGGAAUUUUGGUGAAGUAUAUAAGGGCACACUGAAGGAUAAAACCGCUGUCGCUGUUAAAACAUGCAAGGAAGAUCUUCCUCAGGAAUUAAAAAUAAAGUUUCUACAGGAAGCCAAAAUUCUCAAGCAAUAUGAUCACCCCAAUAUUGUCAAACUUAUAGGCGUGUGCACACAAAGACAGCCUGUCUACAUCAUCAUGGAACUAGUCCCAGGAGGUGAUUUCCUGUCCUUUCUGAGGAAGAGGAAGGACGAACUGAAGCUCAAGCAGCUCGUGAGGUUUUCCUUGGAUGUCGCUGCUGGCAUGUUGUAUCUGGAGAGCAAAAACUGUAUACACAGGGACCUGGCUGCAAGAAACUGCCUGGUAGGGGAAAAUAAUAUUCUGAAAAUCAGUGAUUUUGGAAUGUCUCGGCAAGAAGACGGCGGAGUAUAUUCAUCUUCCGGCUUGAAGCAGAUUCCAAUUAAAUGGACAGCACCCGAGGCUCUUAAUUAUGGGAGAUACAGCUCUGAAAGUGACGUGUGGAGCUUUGGCGUCCUCCUGUGGGAGACCUUCAGCCUAGGAGUCUGUCCGUACCCUGGAAUGACGAACCAGCAGGCCCGGGAACAGGUGGAAAGAGGAUACCGGAUGUCGGCCCCACAGAACUGUCCAGAAGAGAUUUUUAAAAUCAUGAUGAAGUGUUGGGAUUAUAAGCCUGAGAACCGCCCUAAAUUCAGCGACCUUCACAAAGAGCUCACUGCCAUCAAGAAGAAAAUCACAUAGUGCCAGCAAGGGCCAGACUCCACCUAUGGGACUCUGUCCUCAGCCACCCUGACUUUAUACCACCUUACUGCAGCCAUCUUUGAAGGUUAUGGUUUUUAUUAACUGGGUUUUUAAAAAGUCUGUUCCACUUUUUAAAUAUGUUAAAGGCAAAUUUAUUCAAGAAAUAAACAGUCCUACCCAGGGCCGUCUUAGCUAACACAAAACCCUACCGUUUGAGGCCACUGUGCAGAGAAAAGCACAGGCCUAACUGAGAAGAUAGCAGGCCUGUGUUUUCCUGCCCAGGACCAUUGGUGUCCCUCCAAGGUCUUCUUGAGGCACAGCUCGUGGGCUUCUGCCACAGGCCCUCCUCAGUCGGUGCUAUAAACAGCGUUGGUAGCGCACGCUCGCAUGAUGCCUUCCCACCACAGUGGGCUUUCUCCUUUGCCAAGGCAAGAUUGUAUCUAUAAAUAUAAUCAUAUAUUGGGAAUUACUUGGACUUCCUAGGGUUUUUCUUUUCUUUCCUGUCAGAACAAGCCCAGUGAGAGCAUCACACCCCUGUGUUAUUUUGUCUUUUCCCUCCUCAGUCCAGGCUGCAGAAAGUAGUGCGUGGAAAAUUCCCAGAGAGCACGCAGGAUGGAGGCAGCUACUUCUGCAGGAGACUGCAGAGGACAGGGAUGGCAAGAGACAUGUGUGACCAGGAUGGCAGGCUGGGAAAAUAGCAACUAGCCAGUGCCCAACAGGGAGAAGACAAAACAGCCGGCCUUCCUUCCAGAUUUGCACCUUUAUAAUACACUGUGUCUGUGGUCUGAAUUUCCCAACAAGGGCUAAGAAAUGUUUCAGGAGCUCCUAGAGUCCAGUGGAAGCUUUCUUAGAGAUACUGAAGUCACAGGAGGGGCAGCUUGAUAAUAACCGUGUGUCUUCAUCCUAGGGGACAGUCCCAGAAUGGAGGUCCCUUUCUUUGUCCAGUUUCUGAACCUUCAGAACCCAUGGUUCAUAUGCACAGACACAUCCACAUACACCUACUGAAGAGUACUGUGGCUAGGAAUGAAAUAGAUGGGUCAGAAAUCAAGGACUUUUGAUGAAGAAAAGCCCUAGGGAUGCCCACACUUUCGUCUCCUCUUUGCCCUAAAGGCAGUGCCCGGAAACCUAAUAGCUCAUAGGUAUGCAAGCAGGUUCAUCAUUAAAGGUGUCUCUGGCCUAUCAAGUGUACAGCAGUUAAAACUAGGAUUUGGUUGAACUGAAUCUCAGCUGUGUCCAGGGAACGGCCCCAUGAUCUGUCCACAGUUGUCUCAGGAUCAGUGUGUCUGGGAGGUGCUCUCACUCAGGGGAAGAUGUGGUGCAGAAGUCUUCACUAAGCCCUCAGGCCUCUGUUCAGACAGACAUCACCUUAGGGGUUCCUUGGCCUGUGUUGAAGAGCUUGUGAGAUGGCAAGUCCCUCCCUUCCCUUCCGGGCAGCAUAGAGCAUAGAGCAGACUCUAACUUCCAGAGGAGGCCACUGCAGAGGAGUGUGACUGUACCAUCAUCCCAGCCUCCUCGCUCACUUUCUACACAUUUAAAGUUCAUAUAUGCAGACUAGAGUAGAGGCCGUGUGCGCCUGCCCACAGCAGUAUGCUGCCCCACACAGAGCAGCCCUGGCACAGCACGGCACCCUGCAGGUCAGACACUGCUAAAGCAGAGCUCGCUUUUAAUGGCACCCACCAUGGAAACCCAAGCGCAGACUCCAGAAUUCAGAGUCGGUGCUGUGCUCUCCAGGCAUCUGCUGGCCCUCAGAAGGAGAUAAGAGGUUCCCUUUCAGGAUUUCCAAGUCAAUCCGCCUAUAAUACAAUUCUUGUCUAUGAAAAAGAAAGGAGCACCUCUCAGCACUGCUCUUCCAGCCAGGGAAAGGAGACUGGCUUGGCUCUAACUCUGUGAACAAGACCCGAAGCUUAAUCCUUGCAUUCUGCUGGAAAGAGAACAUGGCGUUGAUAAUUUCACUCAUCUAGGCUGUUGGGAUUUGCAAUUCACAUCAUAACUCUUUGCUUAAAUUAAAAAAGCUUUUCAAAACAUCUUGACAUCUGCAGCAUUUAAAUUCUAUUUUCUUCUUUGUCCCAGAACAGGCAGGGGUACAGUUUAAGAUUAACUCACUGGGAGCCUUCAGGAUCAUGUCAGUCGUAUAGAAUAUUAAAUUUAACAUAGGCGCAUGCAUUAAGAAAAGCUUAUGCAAAACAUUCUUACUGUUAAUUUUGUUAUGCUCGAAGCAUAAUUUAUUCAUCCCUUCUGUCACUGAUAAUUAUUGGAAUUAUGUACUUUAGGAGGCUAAUCCAUACCCAAAAAGUGCACAUAUAAAUACAGUUCUGAUUUGCAAGUUGAUUUAGGGAAAAGAGGCUGUAGAAAUGCACAAAAUUCUAGGAUUUGUCUCGUUAAAUAAUAAUAGUAAACAGUGCUGCCCAAAAUUACCCACUAGUGUGGCUAUGCUUGAGCCUGGCUGCAAGCCUUUAUUUUACUAAUGGAUUAUCCAAGAGUUGCUGGUAGCCCUGCUCAUAGCUACACUCAGCACUCCUUCAGGGUGGCCGUCUGGGCGUGAAGGAGAAGGCCGUAAACCCGAGCAGGCCGACUUUCCGCCUGCCUUUUCCUACCUUGAAUCACAAGAAGCCUUCAUAAGAAACGAGUAGUUCACUGUUUUUUAAAGAAGGGAACUUUUCUGCCAAAUCGGCAUCCUUGUGUGUCCUGUGUGGCCUAAGCUCUCAAAGCCAUUUUUUUUGGGAAAACCAUAAGUGAUGUGAUGAUUUCUUCCAGCCCCUCGCGCUUCAAGGUCCACAGGGACGUGUACCCUGUGAUUUCUCCUCCUUUUUCCAAGACAACAGGGACAGUAGAGUUAGUUCCCAUCACAGCUGGCACCUCACAGACAUCAGUACAGCCCGGAGUCAGCAGUGGGCAUCUCACACUGCGUGGUUGUUUGGGAAACAAUUUCUUAGGACUGAGAUUGUAUUAGUUUCCUUCUGAGCCCCAUUUCUGUUCACUAGCCCCCCUGACCAACUCUACAGUGCUGGGACCAAGACUGUUGCUAAGCAAGCAUUUUAGUUGCAAUAUGUGCUGCACCCUGGGACUCAGGGAGCGAGCAAACCGGCUGCAGGCACAGAUCUGUGGAGUGUGUCGUGGUCAGAGGAGUGUGAGGCAUAGCCCUUCAUGGUCCCCUAAUCCCGUGUGUCCUUGACACAAGAGUGACAUCUGAAAGGGGCUGUCUGCCUGAGCCCUCUUCCUCCCAGCCCCCUCCUCCUGUCACGAGGUCGACAUCCUCCAUGUCUCUUGACAGCAGAUGCGAUUGUCACAGAAGAUCCAAGCCCUCAUACAAACUAGCACAGAACUGAGAGAGCUGCAGAGACGCUUUAUGUGCCAUUAUCAUCAGUAGAUGAUAUCAAAGCUUUCAUAUGACAUGAAAUCCAUCUUAAAGCGGCAUGAGAGUUUACUAUUAAAAUUAUUACCUCUUAUUAACUGAUUUACUCUAAAUAUCACUAUUUUAAAUUAGAUUUUUUUUUUACUUUAUAUUUUUCUGGACUUACUAGUUUCAUGUCAAGUGUGACUGUGUACUAUGUAUCACUCAUUUCUGUAUAAGAAACUGAUUGAAAAGCCAGCAAGCUCACCCUGCAAGGAGUUACUGAUACAGACUUAAGCUCCUGUAAAAUGUCCCUUUGAAAGUUACAUUCUAAUACAGAUGGUCAGUCAACUAUAUAUCACUGCCCUAAGUCAGUUUGAGAAAUGUACUGUCACCUCCACAAGCCACCCCACUGCCCUCUACUGAUUCAAAGAUUAAAUUCAGGACUGGCAUUAGAACCAUUCUAUCCUGACAGCCAUGAAGAUUCUGGGAG